AGGUUGAUUGAAGAAAUUCAGAAAAUGGUGGAUGGAGCUCGGCGCAUGCGCAAACAUUUUACUAUACUCAGACAGAAAGUGAGACAGUAACGAGUGGCGCAUUGUUAAAUGAGUAACGCCUGUAACUCUUGGAUUUCGCUGUGUGGUUUGACUUUAACUGCUCCAAGUCGAGAUGUUUGGCUUUCAUAAGCCAAAGAUGUACCGCAGCCUUGAUGGAUGUUGCAUCUGCAGGGCAAAAUCCUCCAGCUCUCGUUUCACUGACAGCAAACGCUAUGAGAGAGACUUUCAGAGCUGCUUUGGUUUAGGGGAGACUCGUUCUGGUGAAAUCUGCAAUGCUUGUGUUCUGCUGGUGAAACGCUGGAAGAAGCUUCCCGUCGGUUCCAAGAAGAACUGGAAUCAUGUGGUUGAUGCGCGAGGGGGACCCAGUCUGAAAACUACAGUGAAGUCAAAGAAAGUCCAAUCCCUGUCCAGUCGGAUCAGACCGAACCAGCUCAGCAGAGUUCAGAAGGAACUGAAGAGACACAAUUCAGAUGCUCACAGCACCACCUCCAGCGCCAGCCCCGCCCAGUCGCCCAGCUACAGUAACCAAUCAGAUGAAGGCUCUGACUCGGAGUUGACUCCUGGCUCCGCCCGCUCUCCAGUCUUUUCCUUCUUGGACCUGACGUACUGGAAAAGGCAGCGGGUAUGUUGUGGCAUCAUCUAUAAAGGUCGCUUUGGGGAGGUUCUGAUUGACCCUCAUCUCUACAAGCCCUGCUGUCAGAAAAAACAGGUGCAAGAGGAGGAAGAAGAAGAAGAAGACGAAGAGGAGGAAGAGGAGGAGGAAGACUGUGACCUUGAGAAAGAGGAGGUGCAGAGCAGUCAAGAAAUUCUCUCGUCCAUUCAACCGCACUCCUCUCCUCAAAUAAAAAUGGAGCAGGAAGUGGAUGAGGAGUGGUGAUGCCACAUUCCCACAGUACUGAUUUGGCAUUCCUAGGAAGCCUUCGAGAGUCAAAACCCACUCUCAAAGACGUUCUCUCGGAUAGCCUUCGAUUCAAGAGCAGCUGGAUCCUUGCUCGUCUUUUCCUGUUUCUUUCUUCCUUGUUGAGAAUGUGUCUCUUUCAUUUCCUUCGCAGUCAAAUCAACUUUUAUUUAUCAAACUGAACUGUCGUCCUUGUUUUCCAGAGCCUGGUACCACGCUAUUCCAUUUCCUAUGAGGAUUUUUAUUUUUUUUGUAGACCAGAGAAAAUGAGUUUCCUUUCUUGCUAUCCCGCUCAAACACAGAAUGCUGGAUCUACAUACAUCAUGCAUAGAAAUCUAGACAGUGACCACAAUCCCACGCUGUCACUUUUGUACUCUUGAGCACCAUUCUGCCCUUCCUCUGGGGAGACUGUCUCUCUGCACUUAGUGUACAGUAUUUAGUAUACAGCAAGCAGCAUCUGCUAAAUUCUAGCUCAGUGAAGAGGAUGUUCCACCAUUUUGCUGGGAUAUAGCGAUUAUUUAGGGAAGAUCUAUGCCUUUUAUAUAUAAAUUUUUUUCUAUCUUUGUCUUUAUUGUUAAGGUGUACUCUGAUUUUUCCUCUCAGUUUUAUUUAAAGGUACAGGUCACCUAAGUGUUUUUAUUUUUAUUUUUUUAUGUCUCGGUAUUCUGUCAUUCACCCUCAUGCUGUUCCAAACCUCUUUCAAAUUUUUUUUUUUCGUGGAACACAAAAAGUUAGUUUUUGAAGAACAUCUAGCUGCUUUAUUCAAAAUAAUGGAAGUGAAUGGGGACUGGGGCUGUCAAGCUCCAAAAUGACUAAAGCACCCCAAAAGUAUCUUAAAAAUUGAGCUGUGCUCUAUGCUCCAAGUCUUUUAUAGCCAUAUGAUAGCGAUAAAUGCGUUUGUCAAAUGGACUUCUUUUAACAAAUAUUUACUGUGCUUUUUGUCUUGAUUGCUUCAGUUCACCUUCACUUUUAUUAUACAGAAAAUAUACUGCAUGAUAUUCUUGAAAAACUCACUUUUUGAGUUUAAUGUAAGGAAAGUGAAGUGUGAUGAUGUGAAGGUGAGUAAAUGAUGACAGAUAUUUAGUUUUAGGGUGAACUGAUUUUAAACCCUGAUUUCAGUGCGGGUUGUCUGUAUUCAGCCUCUAAUAGGCAACUCAACUCAACUCAUAGUGUUUUACUGCAAACGUUUCCCCAGACAGCUUUUCUGUGGUGCUGAGGCAGACUGGGCAUGGCCAACCAAAAAUAAUGCCUGGCUAUCAACACUCUUGUAUUCAGUGUACUAGUGUAAAUAUGAACCCUAAGGAAACUAUUGUCUUGAUGAAAAUUUGCAUGAAUUUUGCAUGGCAUUUUAAGAUUUUUUAUUUGUUUUGCAACCAUGUUGCAACAUAAUUUAAUAAUAAUUUGGGCACAUUUUGAGACAGUCCCAAUAUAUUUUUGUAGAUAAAUACAAGAAAAGAACAAAAAUGAAAUCAGAAUUUCAUUAUCAUUUCAAAAUUUUAGAAUUGGAUAUUUUCAAUAUUGUCUCAUUCAAAGCCAAAAAGCCCAAAAUUUUUGCUAUUCAUUCAGUCAUCUUAUAUACAUGUGUAAAUACUGUGUUUUCACAAUGACAGAUACUACUUUUUUUUUUACUGUCAUGAAAGAAUUGAGCACAUGGUCUGAACGUUUUGGUCAUUUUUUUUGUCUUUUGCCUUUUUAUGCCGGGGAAAACUUUUUAAAAAAACUGAAAGGCUAAACCAAUGUCAGCUUGUACAUUUUCAUUAUAAAUGACUUGUCUGUAAUAAGCUUUCAUAUAAUGAGUAUUCAUACUAAAUAUCCCAAGGUUUCCCCUUUGUUUCAAUAGGUCUGUCCUUCCUGUUCUUUAUAAUUUUAUUGUUUAUGAUAGCCUUGGUUGUCUUGGAUUGUACAAAUUACAUUGACGCACACAUACUUCUGUUUAAUUCCAAGGGGUGGCGAUAGAGAGCUCAUUUGUUUCACAUAAAACACUCCAUUGCACAUGAAUUUGAAUUCUUCUCUCUAAUAUAUGCUCUGUUUUGAAAUGGGUAUUUUGAUGGUGGCAGCUUGUGGCUUUAGUGUGAAUAUGCCACAUCACAGAAUGACAUGAACAAUGACUGUAUUUGUGAUAACAUCCGUUCAGGUGAAGCACCUACAUGGGGAUUCCUAUCGUGUCAUGUCUAUGAUGGCGGUUUUUGUAAAUAUAAGAUGUGUAAGACUGAAAAACAGUUAUGAAUAUGAAUACUCUUUUGUCUUAUUUAUUUUAUAUUUAUUUUUCUUGUGGUCUUUUCUUUUUAAGUCUCAUCUGAUUUUGUCAUAGGACUGACCUGUCCUAACAACACUGCAAUAUGGACUGAAAACGCUUUUACACAUCACAGAUUGUCAGCCGAGUCU